AUGACGAAGAUCAAAGAAUGCGCGGAUAAGGCAGUGAUAGUCGUCAAGGUGACGAGUGGUACGAAGAAGCAGGAACGACCCAACACUGCUCCGGCUAAAGUGGAAUCACAGCGAGCGAACAAGGCGAGUAAGGAGAAUUCGAAGAGUGGCAAAUCGAGUGCCGCGAGAAGACCCAACACCGCAGCCGGAAAGAAGGCAGCGACUAAGAAAGCUGGCGGUUCCUCGUCGCUCACGAAUCUGGCGACGUCAAAGAAAGCAGCUCAGAUGGAGAGGACUUAUAGUCCAGAGGAGAUUGAGGAGAUGGCGGCGCAGUUUUUGCCAGCCGAGAUAAUCACCGGUCUCGUGGACGGUAAUUGGAAAACACGUCUGGCCGCGGUCACGCAAUUGUCAGAUACCGUCAAGACGAUGGAUUCGGCGGAGGUGUCGGCCCAGGUGAUUGUACGGACUUUGGCGAAAAAGCCUGGCUUCAAGGACACAAAUUUCCAGGUGUUGAAACUACGCGUAGAGAUUGUGAAGUACCUGGCGGAAAAUCAUCCCUUCACAGCCACCGUGGCUGAGCACUGCCUUCAGGACAUCGCGGAAAAGCUGGCGGACGCGAAGAACAGUUCGAUCGCCGCCGACACUUUGCUGGCGAUUGCCGAGGCUGUGAGCUUCGAGUAUGUAGCGUACGAGGUAGUGGAAUUCGCGUUCAAUCAGAAGAACCCUAAAGUACAGCAGGAGACACUGUUGUGGCUGAUCCGGGGACUCUCGGAGUUUGGCUGUGGUCUCAACAUCAAGUCUAUGGAGAAUAUCAAAAAAGCAGUGGCGGUGCCGAAUCCUAACGUGCGCACUGCCGCAAUAACCUUGCUAGGCACAUUGUAUCUUUACAUGGGCAAACCGCUGCUGGCGUUUUUCGAUAACGAGAAGCUUGCGUUGCGGCAACAGAUUGAGCAAGAGUGUGAAAAGCGCAACGGUGAAAUUCCACCGGCCCCUAUUCGCGGCGCCAAGUCCAAGAAGACCAACGCCAUCAGCGCCGAGGAUGAAGAGGAGGACAUGGAUGACUCAGCGGAGAAGAAAGCGGGCAGCGAACAGGAUCUCAACGAACUGAUCCCGCACGUUGACAUCAGCGCCCAGAUCACCGAAGCGCUGCUGACCGAACUUGCCGAUAAAAACUGGAAAGUGCGUAACGAAGCGUUGCAGAAGGUGAACACUAUGCUCAGCGAAGCGAAAUUCAUCAAGUCGACCAUCGGCGAUUUGCCGCAGGGGUUGGCCCUGCGUCUAGUGGACAGUAACAGCAAGAUUGCACAAGCAGCCCUAGGUAUAUGCGAGACGUUGGCGACGGCUAUUGGAUCACCAGUUAAGCAACACGUUCGCGUUCUGUUUCCCGGAUUUCUAUCAUGUCUGGGUGACAGCAAAAAUUGGAUCAGAGCGGCCGCGAUUUCCUGUAUCAAUACAUGGGGAGAUCAGUGCGGCUAUAAGGAAUUCUUCGAUGGCGAGAUGAUAGGCGAUGCAUUGAAGACGGGCUCACCGACAUUGCGAUCCGAACUAUGGAACUGGUUGGCGCAGAAAUUGCCCUCGAUUCCGGUGAAACAGAUUUCCAAAGAGGAGCUUUUCGUGUGCCUUCCCUGUUUGUAUGCUAAUCUAGAGGAUCGUAACUCGGACGUACGAAAGAAUGCUCAGGAAGCUGUUCUCGGCUACAUGAUUCAUCUCUCUUACGAAGCGAUGCUCAGACAAACCGAAAAACUGAAGCCAGGAUCGAGGACAGUAGUGAUUGCCGCACUGGACAAAGCUCGUCCUAGUUUACCUAUAAAGCCUCUACCUAAGAAAGAACUGUCAGACGACAAUAUCCAGAAGGGAGCGAAGGGCGCGAAAGUAGUAAAAGGGGUUAAGUCGAAGGGCGCGUCAUCAAAACCGGGCAGCGCUCGUAAGAAAGAUGAUGAUGUCGACACCAGUCCUUUAUUGGUGGUCAACAACCUCAAGCAUCAGCGUGUGAUCGAUGAGCAAAAGUUGAAGGUACUCAAAUGGAACUUCACCACGCCUAGAGAAGAGUUUGUCGAGCUUCUGAAAGAUCUCAUGACUGCUGCAAACGUCAAUAAAACUUUGAGAGCAAACAUGUUUCAUUCUGAUUUUCGAUAUCAUCUCAAAGCUAUCGAAGCACUUACUGAGGAUCUUCAUGGAAAUAACAAAGCAUUGGUGUCUAAUCUCGAUCUCAUUCUCAAAUGGUUGACAUUGCGAUUUUUCGAUACUAAUCCGUCGGUGCUUCUGAAAGGAUUGGAUUACUUACAAUUGGUCUUUAAUAUGUUAAUUGAAGACCAGUAUCACAUGCUAGAAACUGAAGCAGCGUCGUUUAUACCUUAUCUCAUUAUCAAGAUAGGUGACCCGAAGGACGCUGUGCGUAAUGGCGUACGAGCUUUAUUCAAGCAAAUGGCUUUGGUAUAUCCCGUGAGCAAAUUAUUCUCGUACGUAAUGGAGGGUUUGAAGUCGAAGAAUGCUCGACAACGAACAGAAUGCCUGGAGCAAUUAGGAUCGCUAAUUGAAAAUUACGGAGUUUCUGUUUGUCAACCCAACCCGUCCGUGGCGUUGAAGGAAGUUGCGAAGCAGAUCGCAGAUCGCGACAAUUCCGUUCGUAACGCCGCGCUAAACUGCAUCGUUCAGGCCUACUUCCUUCAAGGGGAACGUGUAUUCAAGCUUAUCGGACAGAUAUCGGAGAAAGAUAGGUCCCUGUUAGACGAACGAAUCAAGAGAGCAGCGAAGAAUCGGCCCACAAAAUCCGCAUCCGCUACCAGACUCUCCACGCCUGCGGUCGCAACUUCUAGCCCGCCGACGGAUGACAUGGAGGCGGAUUACGAAGACGACCAGGAAGAGAUUGCCGAGCCAAUGGAGACAGUACCAGAGCUGGCAUGUGCCACGAGCACUACUGACAAUAAUGAGGACGAGCAAGUGUCUUCUGUGGUUAAAACCGAAUCUCCUUCAAAAUCGGACCAGGAAAUUGUCAGCGAAACCAAUACGCAAAAUCAUCUUUCCGAUCGAGAUGGUUUAAAAACGAAUUCUCCUACAUCGUUGCAAGCAAAGGUUCCUUCAGGUCCCUUCGGACUAGACAUGGAUUUUCUGCAGAGGCUCGAACUGAGUGCUCCAGUGAAAUAUCGCAAUCCGAUAUUAGUGGAACCCAACUUGUCAGAUUUGAACGAAUCUCCAGCUAAUGUGUUGAACCCGCCCAAAACACAAAUGAUACCGAUUUCGCCACCGAAAUUAUUAGUAUCGAAAUCAUUGUCCGUUGUAUCACCUGUAUCUACUGCUAGCAGUAAAGAUGACACACUUGAGCGUAACAUCUUGUCCAUGGCCAGUAUGGAUUUACCCACUGCGAUACAGUCCAUGAAUGCAAUAGAAAACUUAUUAAAAUCUCAUCAAGCGAUUACCUUGCAAUCCAAGGAGGAUAAAUUUAUCGGAUCGGUAAAUAUGCAAUUAAAGCUAUUGCAAACGUAUCCGUUACGUCAAGAAAACGCGGAUGUGUCCAGAGGCUUCAGAAACACAUUUCUGGUUAUACUUGCGUUUUAUGACAGUGGAUUUCUCGGGAAGAAUGUUCCUUUUGUACAUUUGAAGGAAUUAGUAGAUCAGAUGAUAAGUUUGUUGGCCGAAAACAAGUUGGAGCAUUUGCAUCAGGUUGCAGCGUAUUACAGAGUGAUCAAUAACAUCAUGGUGAAAAUUAUUGACAAUUCUAAUCAUACCACCAUUAUAUGUGUAUUGAUCAAGCUGCUUCAUUCCUGCGCUGAGGCAAAUGUUCCCUUGAAAUACGAAGAGUUGGUGAUGAAAUGCUUAUGGAAAAUAGUGAAAACAAUGUCAAAUUGGGCCGCUGAUUUAGAUUACGAUACAAUACUCUUGGAAGUGCAUCGUUUCCUUAAGGAUUAUCCUACUACAUGGUGGAAGAAACGAAAGUCCGAUACUCCGCUGCGAACAAUCAAGACAGUUCUUCACAGUAUGACUAGAGUCAAAGGCAGUUCGAUACUUAAUCACUUGACGCUAAUAAACAAUACGAAUGAAUCUGAAUUACAGGCUUACUUAAUCAGAUUAAUCGCGAGUCUUAAGCCAGAUGAGAUUAAUGCCACAGCAAAGGUGACGCCAAAAUCAAAUAAUGUAGGAAGGACACCAAAACACUUUUCCAAGUCAACUCGUCAGCAAUUGGCAGAAAUAUUCAAGAAAAUUGGAUCAAAAGAGCACAUGCAAGAGGGCCUAGUGCAGUUAUACGAUUUCAAAGUUCAAUAUCCGGAGGCCGACGUACAACCGUUUCUGGUCAAAUCCCAUCAAUUCUUCCAAGACUUCAUAGAACAGGGACUGAGGGAGAUCGAUCAGGCGCGAAAAAACCAGACUAUUUUGUCGCAUAAUCAAUAUUCUAUGGAAACUACCGAGUCUUCGGCCGUGGUUGCUGACGAGAAGGACAUGAUGGAUCCAAUGUACAGGCUCGAGAAGCUCCGAGCCCUGGAAGCACAAUGUAGAGUGACCUCCUCGAAUCUACCGUGAAUGAUCAAGCAUAAGUAUGUUAAUUAGAUAAGCGGGACACGAUACAUAUAUACAUGUAAAAUGAGCAUAUUUGUCCGACUUAUUUAUUCGCGUCUCUCGAAAUGUUCAAUCCCAUGGCGUUCUCCACCACUGAAUUUUCAUUCAGGUGAACCACUCACCAGUCGCUUUGCAUACGAAUCUCCGGUUUUCGGCGAGAUUACACAGUUCCGAUUACUUGCUUUCGGUGAAUUAAUUUAAAUGAUUUGCAUACAUGUUAGCAGAAGACUUGAGCGAACGUGAAUCGUAGGGAAUAAUAUAGCUGCGCCAUCGGAUACGUGUUACAUCGUAAUGAUUCUGCGUUUUAACCGUAAUAAUGUUACGUUUUCCGCAAUGUAACGACGAUGUGUGCAUGCUAAUGAUAUUUGGUUUCUUCCACAGCAGUUAUGUAUAGUUAAUAAUAAUGUUACUAAUUAUAUAAGGUUGAUCAUAUAAUGGUACAUGUAUGUAUAAGUAUACGAAACUUGCACGAUUUGAGCGUCACUCUCGCCGUAGCAUAAUUUGAUUUUACGUUGUUUAACUUAGUAUUUAGUAUUUUUUUUUUAUACUGUUUUCUAAAUAAAUUUGUUUCAUUUAAACUUCAUUAGAUUCAUAAUUAUCAGAUUGUCGUUAUUUUCGCAGAAUUUCCUAUUCUUGCAAAAGAAAAGAGAACUGUACAAUGAUAUGUUGUUGCAUAUUACCUGGACAUUUGCAUCAUCUGAAAAAGUUGCACUUGAAAAGAAAAAAAAAGAAAGAUUCAAAUAAUAGAUGGACCGAUAUAAUCUAGUGCAAUAUGCAAUGUAUUAUUAACUUUAGACAGAAAGCAAUAUGACUUUUUGGUUCAUAUCACUGCAUAAAAAAACAUUCCAGUAUAAUUAAUGCGAAAUAUAAAAAGGACAGACGUUUCUUCAUAAAGGUCUCGUCCUCUUAUAAAUCUUUGGAUUUUAAAAUGUUUCUUCAAACAUUGUGUAGAUACAGUGCCGAAAACUGAAAGAGAUUUGGUGCUUAUCGAGGUUUAAAUGUCAGAAUAUUUAUUUUUCUUUUAGAUAUUUCUUUCUUUCACACAAGCCUUUUUAUAUGGAAGACAAAAACAGGAAGUUUUGCGAAGGCAACAGCGAUCUGUUCUAUUUAUUAAGACGCAAAAACUGUCAUACCCCAGUCAGUAUUUAUGGAUAGGAUCAAAAGAUAGUAGUUAACAAUCGGCAUCGAUACUUCGAUGUUUAUUACUCGAUGUAAUAAGAAAAAGCGAUGUUAAGCCGUAAAAAGCUUAUAACUAAAAAAAAAACCAAGAUUAGAGUUUCCGAGUUUAUCUAUUUGAAAUAUCUCGAAUACCCAGUAUUAGAGUGUCAGAGUUUAUCUAUUUGAAAUAUCUUGAAUACGGAUUCUAAUGUUGAUAAGUUUUUAAUAUUGAUAAUCACUUCGAAAAAUUGUCUCACGCAAUUUGACUGGUACCAAUUGCGAAUAUAAUGAUUAAAUCUCACAAAUAAAUUAGUUUCAGUGUUUACAGAGAAUUUGCCGAAAUUAAUCAGUCGCGCAAUUAAAUACAUUUUUUACUAUAUAUUAAAUGUGAUAUUGAUUACUAUAUCACAAGUCAAAUGCAUAUACACGAUGUAACUAUAAAUUAUGAUUACUAGUGGCAUUGCAAUUAUUUUUCCGCUUGUUUGCGAAUAAAUAUCAAUAGAUACUCUCGUGACUAAUGAAAUUUUUAAGUUAAGAGUUUUUUAUGGCUUGACGAUGUGAAAAGCGUAUUCACCUUUCUAUUAUCGGUGCAAAGAAGAGAUAACGAAGGGAACGUAGCUAAUAAUAUAUAAGAAAGGAGAAAAAUUGAAUCUACUUUACUAUCUGAAAAUCUUACUCGAAGUUGCUAUAUCUGAGAAUAAUACCGCUUUUUCCGAAGACUUAUAUUCUGUAGUGUAAAUAGAACAUGUAUAUACAUGCACUAAUAAAAAUGAUAUUCGACAAAGCUGA